AUGGUGGUGCUAAAUCCUAACAACUGGCAUUGGGUGGACAAGAACACGCUGCCAUGGACUAAAGAGUACAUGAACGGCGCAUUUGACAAUUGGGCCAUCGAGUCUGGGGAUAACAAGUACGUGGUCAAGUCUGUGUCCUCCGUGGCUGGAGAUUCGAACGUUUCGCAGCGGAAGGGCAAGGUGAUAUGCUACUUUGACUUGCAGCUGGAGUUCGAUGUGUCGGUCGCAGCAGCAGCCGGUGAUGGAGAAGAGAUCUGUCAUGGAACAGUGAGCAUUCCUGAGUUCAUACACGACGAGUCUGACUUUGAAAUUCGGUACAGCGGCUUUGAGGAGCACGAGGCGGACGUAAGGCGGUGUUUUGCUCCGAAGCUUGUGGCUGAGUUGCUGAAGUACCAGUCUGCGUUAGUGGCGGAGCAUUCCAAGGAUGUCCAGAAUGGGCAGUAG